UUGCCGACUGGGAACAAUGCAGGUAGAAACUGGGACAUAUUGUCGGACUGGGCUAUUGUUAUCAGCACACCUCCUUAUCUUACCAGGAAGGAUAAGUGCAUAGCUGGAUAGCCUUGCUGCUGGCUGUUCCAACAGGUCUCGCCUACAGAAGGCACUAAAUUUUCCUCUCAUUUUCCUGAUCCUAAAAAGACUUUUUAUUAUAGGAAGUGCUUCUGUCACUUGGUGUUCACUUAGGAGAUAAAUCCGGUGUGAUGGCGGGAAUGUAUCUUUAACUGUUAAAGGAAAGCUGAAAGGGCAGCAGGCGUCGAUGGGAGCUGUGGCUCACUGGAGAGCAGCGGGCCGCUCGUCAAUCACAUCUCACAGAGCAGGCCGGCGCUCCGGUUUGUCCCACCGGAGGAAAUGCCAUGUGAUUGUAUUGAAAACGACAUGCUCUUGGAUGUGUGUGGCUACCGUCGGCUUUCUAUUGUUCCUGGCAGUCUGUCUGCUCUAUUUACCGGACUCGGUCUCACAGUCCUUCGCCUCCACCGCCGAGAAGAGCAGCGAGGUGACACUCUUAAUAUGGACGCACCCCUUCAGUCGGUACCGUCGACUUCCGGAUUGCCAGGCGCUCUACCAGGUCAGCGGGUGCACGCUGACCGACGACUGGCGCGCGUACCCGCACGCUGACGCCGUGAUCAUUCACCACCGGGAGAUUGCCACCAACGUGAGCGAGCUGCCACCGGAGCCGCGGCCACGUUUGCAAAAAUGGAUAUGGAUGAAUUUCGAGUCCCCCACGCACUCACGUGGGCUGUGGCGGUUCGAGGGCGUGUUUAACCUCACCAUGACCUACAGGACGGACUCAGACAUUUUUGUGCCUUAUGGCUACUUGAUCCCACUCAGACAUGCACCCCAGGGUCCCAAGCACCUCCGCCGCCAUCACCACCUCCCCGGGCAGGCUCUCCGUGCGCCCUCACGCGCACACCUGAGACCCCGCCUGGUGGUCUGGGUCAUCAGCAACUGGUCCGAGUCUCAUGCACGCGUCCUCCUCUACCAUCAGCUCAGCCGCUACGUCCAGGUGGAUGUGUUUGGGCGUGCGGGCCGUCCCAUACCUGGGGACAGCGGCAGUGACAGUUUGGUGCGGCUGGUCAGUAAGUACCAGUUCUACCUGGCGCUGGAAAACUCCCAGCACACCGACUACAUCACCGAGAAGCUGUGGAACGCCGUGCUGGCCGGGGCCGUGCCCGUGGUGCUGGGCCCGUCCCGGGACAACUAUGAGCGCUUCCUGCCACCAGAAGCCUUCAUCCACGUGGACGACUUCGCCACGGUCCGGGAGCUGGCCCAGUACCUGCUGCUGCUGAGGCGCAGCCCUGCCCGGCUGCAGCGCCACCUGGACUGGAGGAGGAGUUACAGAGUCCACCAGCCCUCCUUCUGGGCCGAGCACUACUGUACAGCCUGUGUGGCGGUGAAGAACGCCAAGGGACGCACUGAUGUGGUCACAGACAUUGCAAACUGGUUUCAGUCCUGAACCGCUCUCACCUGUAACACGGUGUUACAUGAAUGCAAACCAGGGCUGGGCGAUAUGAAUAAAAUUCAAUAUCACCAUAUCUUUGACUGAAUACCUUGAUGUUGAUACUGUGAAUAUAUUGUAAAUGACUAUUGGUGCUUUCAUGAGAUAUUUACACACAAGAAGAUUUUGAUGGACAAUAAUUAGUCAUGUAGAUAUGAUAACUAAAUAGGUCAAGUUCAGGUAACUGCAUCCCUUCACUAAAACCAGGAUAAGACAACACUUACGCCACAUCAUAAAAUCUAGAUUCCCAGAUGAUGUCUUGUCUCAGAUCACAAUAUCAAUAUAGUGUUGAUGCAUCACCCAGCCCUAAUGUGAACCAGGGGGCAAUUUGUUGGCUUUUGGUAAAACAACAACCUGCUUGUUAGUUCAUGAGCAAAUCACCCACUGGAGAUAACCAAAGCCUACAAUUUCUCUUUUAUUUAUUAUGAACCAUGACUGAGAAACUGUGAUUUCAGUAACUGUGUGCCUUCAUUCAGAAUGAAUUGUCAUGUCAAUACCUACAGUAUUUAUAUGUUGUGCGUGCCUUUGAUUCAGGAAGGUAAUAAAGAGACUAAUGCAGUCACAAAUACCUGCCUUGAA